AUGGAUGGCUCCUUCACACUUCUUAUUAUUUCCUCCAUUUUAUUGCUUAUUAUAACAAUAUCCACUGCAGCUGACACCAUAACUAUAACUCAACCUAUUAAAGAUGGAGAAAGCAUAGUUUCAGCUGAUGAGGGCUUUAGAUUAGGAUUUUUUAGCCCAGGCAACUCCAAAAAUCGAUACUUGGGUAUAUGGUACAACAAAGUAUCUGUCGCGACCGUAGUUUGGGUUGCUAACAGAGAGAUCCCCCUCGCCGAUUUAUCAGGUGUUCUGAAGAUUACUGAGCGAGGACUAGUACUUGUCAAUCACAAUGAAACCAUAAUUUGGUCUUCCAACUCCACGGGAUCUGUGAGGAAUGUUGCGCGGCUUUUGAAUUCAGGAAACCUUGUAGUAAUAGAUGAGGAUAACCCUGAAGAUUAUUUGUGGCAGAGUUUUGAUUAUCCAUGUGAUACAUUCCUUCCAGGGAUGAAGCUUGGAUGGAAUAGAGUAAUAGGCCUGGAUCGCUACAUAUCGUCAUGGAAGACACCUGAUGAUCCUGCUCGAGGUAAUUUUACGUGUGGAUUUGAUCCUGCUGGUUAUCCUGAGAUGAUUGUGAGAGAGAACUCAAUUGAGCGUUUUCGAGUUGGACCAUGGAACGGUCUUAGGUUUAGUGGAUUUCCUGCGUUAAAGCCAAACCCCCUAUACACAUAUGAGUUUGUUCUCAAUGAAAAAGAAAUAUAUUACCGUACACAGCUUCUUGACAACUCGCUUCAUUCAAGGUUGGUGAUAAAUCGGAAUGGCAUUCUCCAGCGCUUCACUUGGAUCGAGCGAACACAGAACUGGGAGCUUUAUCUUACUUUCCAAAUUGAUAAUUGUGAUAGUUAUGCUUUGUGUGGUGCAUAUGGUAGCUGCAAUAUUAAGGACUCUCCAGUGUGUAGUUGCUUGAAAGGAUUUGUUCCAAAAGUUCCAAAAGAGUGGGACAUAUUCGAUUGGUCAAGUGGUUGUGUUAGAAAGACUCCACUAGAUUGCUCUGGAGAUGGAUUUCGUAAGUACUUUGCCGUGAAGUUGCCAGAGACUCGUAAAUCCUGGUUUGAUAGGAGUAUCAAUCUUGAGGACUGCAGAAUCAUUUGCAUGAAGAAUUGCUCAUGUACAGCCUAUUCAAAUUUGGAUAUUAGGGAUGGAGGAAGCGGGUGCCUUCUGUGGUUUAAUGACCUGAUUGAUAUUAGAGGAUAUGAGGAGAAUGGUCAAGAUAUUUAUGUAAGGAUGGCUGCGUCAGAACUAGAAAAUAAGUCGGGCCUAAACCAUAAUUUGGUCAGCAAGCUGAUUGGAUAUGAUGUGCACAGGAGCACCAAUUUGACAAUGAAUUGGAAUGAUGACAUGAGGAUUAAGAGUAAAUCCAACGUGAGGAUCAUUGUAAGCUCUGUGUUAUCCACAGGGAUUCUGUUCCUGGUGUUAGCUAUAGUCUUGUGUGUUAGGAAAGCGAAACAGCAGAAAGCUGGAAAAGAAACUGGCAGUUUGGAAGGAAAUGCAAAUGACGAGGGCCAAAAAGAAGAUCUAGAACUACAGCUGUUUGAUUUUGGCACUAUUGUUCAUGCAACUAAUAAUUUCUCUGUCACCAAUAAACUCGGAGAAGGAGGCUUUGGUGCAGGAAUAUUGAAAGAUGGACAAGAAAUAGCUGUGAAGAGGCUCUCACAAUAUUCAUCUCAAGGACUCGAUGAGUUCAAGAAUGAAGUAAUGCAUAUUGCCAAACUUCAGCAUAGGAAUCUGGUGAAGCUUCUAGGAUGCUGCAUUCAAUCAAAAGAGAAGAUGUUAAUCUAUGAGUUCAUGCCCAACAAAAGCUUAGAUUUCUUUAUUUUUGAUCAAACACGGAGCACACUACUAGACUGGCCUAAGCGAUACCACAUUAUCAAUGGGAUUGCUCGAGGACUCCUUUAUCUUCACCAUGAUUCAAGGCUAAGAAUAAUUCAUAGAGAUCUAAAAGCUGGGAACAUUUUAUUGGAUAAUGAAAUGAAUCCAAAAAUUUCAGACUUUGGCCUUUCUAGAAGUUUUGGAGGAAGCGAAACUGAAGCCAAUACAAAUAAGGUGGUGGGAACAUAUGGUUAUAUGUCGCCAGAGUAUGCAAUCGAUGGCCUUUACUCUGUGAAGUCUGAUGUUUUUAGCUUUGGUGUUAUAGUGCUAGAGAUAGUGAGCGGGAAAAGGAAUAGAGGAUUCAAUCAUACAGAUCAUUGUCUUAACCUUCUUGGACAUGCUUGGAGACUACAAAAGGAAGGGAGGUCUAUAGAAAUGAUUGAUGCUUCAGUGAGAAAUUCAUGCAACAUAUCUGAAGUGCUACGGUCAUUACAUGUGGGUCUACUUUGUGUGCAACAAAAUCUAGCAAAAAGGCCUAGCAUGUCAGCUGUUGUUGUUAUGUUGGGCAGUGAAGGUGCAUUACCAGAGCCCAAGCAACCAGGAUUCUUCACAGAAAGGGAUCUCAUAGAAGUGAAUUCCUCUUCAAGCUAUUACAACUCUAGUUCAGCUAAUGGUCUCACUAUUACACAACUAGGGGCUCGAUGAAUAUGCAUCAAUAGAGAGGAGCCCACACAUUGCUGCUAUUGAAGCUUUCUGCUACUACCUCUGUUUUGUUAAAGUGAAGUUGAUGCAAGUGUUGCUGCUAAAUUUCUUUUGACUGAUUUUACUAAUGAAAAUGAUGUUGCUAUGGGAUGUUUAAAUAUUUUGUUAUUCACUAGAUCUUGUAUUAGGUGGAAUUGUUGUAAAAGAAUGGUGAAGCUUAUUUUGGGGGUUUAGUUUGAAUGACAAACUUCCUUAAUUUAUGGGAGUUUGGUCAACAAACUUUGGUAAUAUCACGUAUAAAUAUUUUUCAAAAUGAGUAAUAGAUAAUUUUCCUCUCCA